UGCACAAGUGCAUUAAUGGAUUGGACAGCUCCCUCGCACACACUUCUACACUGCCAUACAUUUCUUCCUAGCUUCAAAAAGUAACGCAUUCAAAACCGUCACAUCUGUGAACACGGACAGGCACAGAAAUGGCAACGGAAACUUUCGACAAGCAGAAGACUAUCGAUCUUCGUAAGAAACAUGUUGGUCCCUCCUGCAAAGUAUUCUUCAAUCAUGACCCUAUCAAGAUUGUCCGGGCAAGAGGCCAGUACAUGUACAAUGAGAAAGACGAAAGAUACCUAGACUGUAUAAAUAACGUAGCUCAUGUGGGCCAUUGCCAUCCAGAUGUGGUCAAAGCAGGAGCAGAGCAAAUGGAACUUCUCAACACCAACUCUCGCUUCCUGCAUGACAAUCUGGUCUUGUUUGCUCAGCGUCUCCAAGCCACCCUUCCUGAAAAGCUCUCUGUCUGCUACUUUGUCAACUCAGGGUCAGAGGCGAAUGAUCUGGCCCUGAGGUUGGCUUGGCAGUACACUGGCCACAAAGACAUCAUCACACUGGAUAAUGCCUACCAUGGUCAUGUGUCAUCGCUCAUUGAUAUCAGUCCAUAUAAGUUUCAUCAGAUGGCCGGUGCAAAGCAGAGCCAACAUGUGCACGUGGCACUCAGUCCUGACAUAUAUAGAGGCAAAUACCGUGAAGACCACCCAGACCCUGCCAACGCAUAUGCUGAUAAUGUCAAAGAUAUAAUUGAUAAGGCCCAUGAAAAGGGACAUACGAUUGCUGCUUUUAUCGCUGAGUCGCUGCAGAGUUGCGGAGGGCAGGUCAUUCCUCCCAUGGGCUACUUCCAGAAAGUGGCACAGCAUGUGAGAAAAGCAGGAGGCAUUUGCAUUGCUGAUGAGGUCCAGGUGGGCUUUGGCAGGGUAGGUACCCACUUCUGGGCCUUCCAACUGCAGGGAGAAGAUUUUGUACCAGAUAUUGUCACAAUGGGCAAACCUAUUGGAAAUGGCCAUCCAAUGUCAUGUGUGAUCACCACCAGAGAGGUUGCAGAAGGCUUCAUGUCAUCUGGAAUGGAAUAUUUCAACACAUUUGGUGGUAACCCAGUAUCUUGUGCAAUUGGACUGGCUGUGCUGGAUGUAAUUGAGAAGGAAGAUCUGCAAGGCAAUGCCCUCCGUGUUGGAGGCUACCUGACUCAGCUUUUGGAUAAUCUAAAGGAAAGACACCCCUUGGUGGGUGACGUGAGGGGUCAUGGCCUUUUUGUUGGGGUGGAGCUGGUGAGAGACAGGCAAAAGAGAACACCUGCCACAGCUGAAGCUCAGGAUGUUAUUUACAGAUUGAAAGAGCAGCGGAUUCUGCUAAGUGCUGAUGGCCCACACCGCAACGUUCUGAAGUUCAAGCCUCCCAUGUGCUUUUCCAGAGAGGAUGCUGAACUUGCAGUUGAGAAGAUUGACCAAAUUCUGGCAGACUUAGAGAAGGCACUGGGCCUCCACAUGCCUGAAGUAACAAUCUCUGAGAAUGGACACAGUACGAGAAAGGAACCCAUUGAAGAAAAUGGCCACAUUCAUCCUUCAAACGUCAGUAGUCACAAGCACAGCACAUUUCCACAUAGCACAAAAUCCAAUAAUAGACUAAGAACCUAAUGCACUACCAAAGGAAACAGCAGAGGAUUCACCUGAGACAACAG